UCCUCAGUUGUGCUCUUACCCUAAGGAUACACAGCAGCAAUAGGAGCUCACUGGUGCUGAGGAGACUGUUUUUCCCACCCUUGGAUGCCGGUUUGGCCUUGCAAGAUGGACAUACGAGUAGCAUGCAUCCUCCUUCUCAUGGCGACCUUGACGGCAGCUCAUGGGAAGGGAUACGUGAUAAAGAAGGUGAUAAAGGCUGCCCCUCAAUACCAGCCCUACACUGUGAAAAGCCAAGUGGGUGAGCCUGGUCCUCCAGGUGAGCCUGGCCCUGAGGGCCCUCCUGGACCUCCUGGUGAACCAGGUGAGAGUGCUGAAGGUCUGCCUGGACCCCAAGGACCUCCUGGACCUCCUGGAUCACCAGGCCGCUCCAUUGCUGGCAAACCUGGAACUCCAGGUGGACCUGGCAAACCUGGCAGCCAUGGAGCACCAGGUGAAAGAGGAGAACCUGGAGCCUCUGGCCCUCAGGGACCUAGGGGAGCCCCUGGAUCUCCUGGAAGCCCUGGACCCGCUGGCCUCUCUGCUACUGGCAAGCCUGGACCUGCAGGUCUUCCUGGACCAAUGGGACCUAGAGGAGAGAGUGGUCUGAAAGGACACCCAGGUAUACCUGGACUGCCAGGUCCUAAGGGUGACAGAGGGGUGGGAGCUCCUGGACCUCAGGGUGAGACAGGACCUGAAGGACCUAUGGGGCCACCUGGAGAACCAGGUGCGGCUGGAGUUGGGAGACCAGGAAAACCAGGUGCAGCUGGUGAACCAGGAAAGUCAGGCAGCCCAGGUAGGGAUGGUGCUCCCGGUCCCAUGGGACCACAGGGACCUAAGGGACACACUGGUGCCCCAGGUGUAGGUCUUCCAGGUAAAUCAGGUGAGAAUGGUGCCCCUGGUCUGCCUGGCCCAGUUGGCCCUAAGGGCCACCAGGGACCUGCUGGAGGCCCUGGCGCCCCUGGAGUCCCCGGAUAUGGAAAGCCAGGAGCAAAUGGAGAGAAGGGAGAGACAGGAGCUCCAGGUAGCCCAGGUGCCACAGGUCCAAAGGGUGAACAAGGUCCAACAGGAUAUACUGGUGCUACUGGUGCAACUGGCCCCACAGGUCCUGCUGGACCUCAGGGUGAAAGAGGAUUUCCAGGUGAACCUGGUGCUGUUGGUGCUAAAGGUGACACAGGUGCAACUGGAGCUCAGGGACCAAAGGGAAACAAGGGAGAUCAGGGAGCACAGGGUUUCCCGGGUAAGCAGGGCUAUCCAGGUGCAGCCGGCCCUGCUGGUGCCAGAGGAUCCACUGGACCCUCAGGUGACAAAGGUGAUGCAGGUGCCCCAGGUAUCCCAGGUUCCCCAGGUAUUCCAGGUCCUGCUGGACCCAAAGGUCUUCCUGGUCGUGCAGGUGAGCCAGGUGCUGCUGGUGCUGAUGGUGCUCCAGGUCCCAGAGGACCUGCUGGGCCUCAAGGUUCCGCUGGUGCUCCUGGCCUUAAGGGACAUCCAGGUCUCCCAGGUGCUCCUGGCCCUGCUGGUUUGGCUGCUAAAGGUGUCAGUGGACCUCAGGGUCCCCCUGGUGUGCCCGGUGAGCCUGGUGCUGAUGGAGAGCCUGGCCCAGAAGGCCCUCCUGGUCCCCCAGGUCCUCCUGGUGAGGUUGUGUUUGCGAAGGGAAAAGAGAUGACUGAGGUUAUGGUCAAGUCCCCCAUGUCUGCUUUCACUGCAGCUCUGACCACCCCCUACCCUGCUGCCGGCAGCCCCAUUAAGUUUGACCAAAUAGUGUACAAUGCUGAGAAUCACUAUGACCCUGAGACAGGCAUUUUCACUUGUCAGGUUCCUGGGGUUUACUAUUUCGCUUAUAGCAUUCAUGUUAAUGGAGCUAACGCCCUGGUGGCUCUGUACAAGAACGGCCAGCCUGUUAUAUUCACUUAUGAUGAGUACAACAAAGGCUUCCUGGACCAGAUGUCCGGCAGUGCCGUCCUCUUGCUCGACGAGCAUGACACAGUUUACGUCCAGAUCCCUGAUGAAGAGGCCAAUGGCGUCUUUGCUGCUGAUAAUGUCCACUGCUCUUUCUCUGGGUUCCUCAUUGCUUCAACGUGAUACGUUGAUACCGUAGUUCCAAAAAGCCAACCAACUAAAUUUGCAAACUAUUUCUCAAACUAAAGUAAACUCCCUGUUUAUUUUCCCUCAACAUAAGAGACAGGCAGUUCACCCUUAUUUGAGGAGUAGUAGCGUCUCGACUUGAAAAUGAAAAGAAAUAGGUGCUAAGAAAGGAGGAAAAACUAUUUCAUGAAAAAGGUGAUCAGUGAUGGGAAAAGCAAUCCACAAAGUUACCAGGGAGAUUUUGUUAUGGAGACAGCAGGUGAUAUUUAGGUGUUCUAACUGUGUUGUAUCCUGACUUUUUUCCACUCUGUUCCUUUUAUACUGACUUCAUCUGGUGAUUCUUAAUUUAGUGUUUGUCUGGUUUUUCUGUUUCGUUUUGUUUGUUUUUGGUGCAAUCUUGUUUUUGUUUGGGUGACCAAUAAUUUUAUUAAAACUACUCAAAUACAUUCUGUGCAACAUGAUGUAAUCUUGUAUGUGACUUGAAUAUUGUGAAAUGGUAACAGUCAAAUUGAGUGUUAUAAUGAGAUAAGUCACCAUACUGUCAUUCAAACACAAACUGUUUCCUGGCAACAUUGUUAUAUCCCUGAACAUGCAUUAUGUCAUAUAAAGCAUAAUGAC